AUGUCUACCACCGGUGGUGAUGGUAAUGGGGGAGGCCAUAACGCCAACAACACGAUCCAUGUGGAAGGAGAGGUUCGAUCCGUGGCACCUGCCCCCGCGCCCCUAGACUACACAAACAGUGUGGUUACCGUGCUCGAACAAAUGUCCGUGCAAACAAAUUCACAGAACAUUCCCCUGUUCGACGGCAGACAACCCCCUUUAAAAGACUUCUUACAAGAGAUCGAAAAUAGUGCCGCAUUUAUACCGGAAGUAUCGGAGCCAGGCUUCCUCAAAGCCGUUUUGAGCAAACUUAGAGGCGCAGCUCGAGACAGUGUUCGUGGGUUGCGUUUCGAUAGCAUAAAUGGCCUAGUGGAACACUUGAGAAAAAGAUUUGCAUCAUCGAAAAAGUACCAAUGGUACCUAGACAACAUAAUGACGAUAAGACUAAAACAGACUGAAACAGUGAGUGACUAUCACGACCGAUUAAGAGGACUAGUGAGUGGUGCAAGACACGCUCUAGAAAUGAAAUAUAAUAAAGUUUAUCGUGAAAUUACUGAAAACGAGCGUGGCGAACGAGAGCGAGGACCUGACAUCUUAGAAAGCGAAAUUAUUAUGCAGCCGAUCGUUGAGAACGCGUUUCGCGCUUUCGUGAGAGGUUUACCAGAUGAAAUGUCAACGUUUGUUGACACUCGGAAUCCUAGGAACCUUCAGGAAGCCUUUGAACAUGCGUUGUAUGCAGAAGAACGCCGUAAUUACGCAGAGAGAACUAGAGCGUCGUUAUAUCAUAUUACCCGAUCGGAUGAUAGGGCCCGAUCUCCUAGUCCCUAUAGUCGUCAAGUAGAGAAUCACCCCUCGUCAGAAAGGAGGAGAACUGAAAGCGACAGAGAAAAUGGCAGUGCCAGACCAAGUCGCAACCAAUCUAGCGGGAUGAUGCAGUUCACUCCUGAGCAACUGGCGGCAUUCUACCAAUCCAUGAUGCCGUCACUUCAACCAAUUACAUACGCUCCUCCUGCUCCAACCGCGUCACACCCCCUUCAGUCAACACGUGCUACACCCUACGCACCGACACCCCCUCAACAACCUUAUCAGCUAUAUCGACCACAAAAUCAGGGUUAUAGAUCGAACUCGACGCUCCGACGCGGCAGCGAGUCCGACCCUGCAGCGUCAGAGAUCCGUCCAUUUUGCCCCGGACCAAGUUGGGUCCGUAGAGCAAAGUCUAAGGGAGAAGAUUCCCCAGUAGUUCAACUAAGUGCACCUGAGUUUAAACAAACAAAGGUGAACUUUCUAGUUGACCCCGGCUCUGACACUAACCUGAUUAAAAUAAGUGUUUUGAGACCCGAACUCACACUUGCUCGAAGCAAGUGCACUGAGAUCACGGGUAUUACGAAUCAUUCGGUUCAAACAUUGGGAACCGUAGAAGUCACAAUUCUCAAUGUCUCAAUUGAAUUUCAAGUUGUCAAAAAUAAUUUCCCAAUUUCAACUUCUGGAAUUCUAGGAAGGCCAUUCUUGCGCCAGGAACAGGCUCAACUUUCCUUUCGGCAUAACGCCCUAGUAACCAUCACAAAUCCAGUGACUCCCAUCCCUUUUGUGGACAGGGAAUCACUGGAAGCUAAAGAAAAGUUGAGGCCUGACAUAAAACCCUUCGCAAGAAUCCUGAGAAUAAAAGCUAGAACCAGAAAACCAAUAGCGAUUGACGUUCUUAAUCCAGGGUUAAAAGAAGGCUAUCUCCCUCGUAUGCAAGCCCCAGGGGGCGUUUACCUGGGAGAGGCAUUAGUCUCAAGCAAGGAUGGUGUUUGCCAUGCAAUGGCCAUUAACACAACUGAGGACGAAAUUGACCUACGGAUAGAACCACAAGAACUCGUUCCGUUUGACUUUUGUAGGUUUCCGGGAGAAGAACUCUCAGACUCAGAUCCCGAAAAUUUGCAGGAGGCCACAGGAAUAGAGCAUUCCGAUAGAACUCGUAGGGUCAAGGAUUCCCUUCACACCUCCCAUUUAAUCCCGGAAGGAAAAGAGAUGGUAUAUCGAUGGGCGGAAGAUUUUCCUGACAUUUUUCACCUCAAUGGAGAAAAACUCACCUGCACGCAUCUUGUGCAGCAUAGAAUUCCGACCAUCGAUGACCAAGUAAUCAGGAAGAAACAAUAUAGGUCCCCAAAUGAGGCCUUAGAACAAAUUGACGCACAGCUCUUAAAGCAGUUUAAUAGCGGUAUAAUAGGCCACUCAAACUCUGAUUACAACUCCCCUCUUUUAAUAGUACCCAAAAAACUUGAUGCUUCAGGGGAAAAGAAGUGGAGAGUUGUAAUCGAUUACAGAGCCCUUAACGAAAAGGUAAUUGGAGACGCUUUUCCAUUACCGAAUAUCAGCGGGAUCCUAGAUAGGCUCGGUAGGGCUAGGUACUUCACCGUGUUUGACCUAGCAAGCGGUUUCCACCAGGUCGAAACGCACCCAGACGACCGUCACAAGACAGCGUUCUCAUCUAGAAACGGCCACUACGAAUACCACAGGAUGCCCAUGGGGAUAAAAAACGCCCCCCCCACUUUCCAACGAUUACUUAAUAGUGUACUAAGUAGCAUGCUCGAUACGGAAGCAUUUGUCUACCUAGACGACAUUAUUAUCUACUCAGACACACUUGAAGAGCAUGAUGUUCGAGCCCGACGACUUUUUACUAAGCUCCGGGAAGCAAACUUGAAACUUCAGCCCGACAAGUGUGAAUUUCUGAAAACAGAAGUGGCAUAUCUGGGACAUAUUAUUAGUGGCAGUGGCGUGAAACCAAACCCUAACAAAAUAGACGCGAUAAAAAACUUCCCAAAACCUAAGACCCAAAAGAACAUUAGAAGUUUUCUAGGUUUAUCCGGGUACUAUCGUCGUUUUAUUAAAGACUAUGCCAAAUUAGCCAAACCCCUAUCGGACUUGUUGAAAAAGGACGUAAAGUGGGAAUGGGGCAAAUCACAAUGUAAGAGCUUUUUAAGACUGAGAAAAUACUUGUGUCGAAAACCCAUCCUACAAUAUCCGGAGUUUCAAAAAAGGUUUAAAUUGACAACCGACGUCUCAGAGCAUGCCGUUGGGGCUAUGCUGACUCAAGAAGUAGACGGUGUAGAUUUGCCGGUGAGUUACUUCUCGAAGGUCCUAAAUAAAAACGAAGUAAAAUAUCCAAAAGCAGAACGAGAAUGCUUGGCGAUAUUAUACGCCGUGGAGCAUUUUCGCCCAUACCUCUAUGGACGAGAAUUCACCCUGGCGUGUGAUUUUGAACCAAUCCACUGGAUGUCUUAUAUUGAUAAUCCGGGAGCGAGACUCUCAAGGUGGAGACUAAGGCUCCAGGAUUAUCAAUAUAAAUUCGAGUACAAACCUGGGAAAAUAAAUCGCAUCGUACAGGCAUUGUCAGAAAAUCCGACGAAGAAUAAGGCAACGACGGAUGCGCCGCAUUCUGAUGCGAGUUCCGAGUCAGAAUGGACUGAUUCAUCGACGAACGACGCGACUGACGUAGACAGCAAAACACCAAUAAGUGACUCCCACCUAAAGUCCUCGCCACUCCGUGUAUUACCAAUUAAGGACGCGAAAAAGGACGGUGCGCGAAAGGGUUCUAAAGACGUAAACCCACCCCAACCCAGCUCUUCCUCUGCAGGACCCCAAACGAGAGCAACAACACAGCUCGAGAAGAAAACUAUUUCGAAACCAACGCCAAGUUUCAAACUGCCUGAGCCCCCAUUGAAUAGCCCCACAAUAAAAUCGGGACGACUGACCACGGAGCAACGGCCGAAACUUCCCAAAAGAAGAGUGACCGCUCCCGGGCCACUUGGUUUUAAACCCACCUCCAUAUUAAAGAACCCCAGGAGCUCAACAUUAGGUAACCGACCGGUAAGGAUGCACGCUCAGAACCCUCAACUUCCUGGUCCAUCUUCCAGAGUGGAACCCCCUCCUCGACGCCCAGGGAGACCCAAAGGCUCCACUAAACCCAAGGAUUCCGAUGGAGAAGAGCCUUAUAAACCUCCACCGGCUUUGGGAUUAGUUGACCCAAACGUCAGUUGCAUAGCCCAGAGACUUAGGAAAAGGACUACCUCUGCCUCCCAGGCCUCAAAGGAUUCAGCAAUCUCCGACUCGUCUUCAGAUGAACAGUUAUCCAGCAGUGGAAGUGAAGAAGAAUCGGAUCCCCCAGUCUUCCGAAAAGACCAUAGUGCUUUCCCCAGUGUUCCGAUAGAUCCAACCCUCAAACAAACCGGCACCCCAGACAAUGAAUUUAAUCCUCCUGAAUUCUCGACCCUCUCGCUCCCCUUGUUAAGUGAUCCCUACACAGACGUUUAUGUAGAUGGCGCGUGUGGAGAUAAUGGUGGGACGAGACCAAGAGCAGGUAUAGGCGUGUGGUUUGGUCCAAAUAAUCCUCUCAAUGUGUCGCGACGAUACAAGGGUCGACAAACCAACAAUGCCUCCGAAAUCGAGGCUGCCACGGUGGCAAUUCAUCAGGCCAAGAAGGCGGGACUCAGGAAGCUGAGGAUUAAAACCGACUCCAAGGUUCUGAUACAAGGCAUCAAAGAAUGGGUUCCGAAAUGGCAGAAGAAUGAUUGGAAAACAAAUGACAACAAGCCUGUUAAAAACCAAAAGGCUUAUGAGAGGUUAAUAAAAGCUCUCAAACACGCUGACGUCAUUUGGGAACAUGUGCAAGGGCAUGACGGCAUCGAGGGAAACGAAAAUGCAGAUCGCCUUGCCAGAGAAGGCGCACUCCUUGAUCCAGCAUCAGAAUCAAGUUCUUCCUCUGAGUCAUCUCCAGAAGAAGUCGAAGAGGAUCUGCCUCUAGAAAGUAUCGUCGUUAAGGGAUUACCACGCCCCGUUAGCAGUGAAGAAAGUUCGGAACCACCCAGCGAAGAAGAACAACAGCCCCCGAGCCAAUCAAACGUUGGUCUUGACGAAUCAGUUCGGAAGUUCGAAGAAUCCUUAGCCAGGAGAGGAAUCGAUCCGUUAGAACCCACUAAUCACACGUUAGAUUGGGACCAUGAAGGACUUGACGCAACACCUAAAAGGCUCUACGUUUCGGAAGGUGAAAGUGACGAGGAUUAUCUGAAACAUUUGAAGGCAUUAGAUCCCUGCCAAGGAGACAACGACGAUAUUUUUGCUGAAAGAGUAAACGACUUCCUGAAAGCGUACAGUCAAAGAAAAUUAGGAGAAAAGGAAACAUCUGUACCCCAAGUUGAAGAGCCCUCUUCUUCUGCCGAAAUAACAAAAGGCAUGCCUCAAAUCACCGAAUUAGACCCCACUACCAGAAGAAGCAUCGUGCGUUUUAGAUUGGACCCUGAAGUGCUAGAAGAACCCGAAGAGUGUGAGUCCCUGUUUAAAGGUUCCUCAGUUUCAACCCCAGGAUUCUUUCACCCCCCAGGAGCACAAUCAACCCCCUUCACCCCUUUCCAGAACAAGGGAACCCCUAUGCUUGAGAAACGAGUCAUGGAUAAAAAAAGAAACAUAAUACCACGCCGACUACAAUCAAAAAGUUCCGUGAGUGAAAGUUCAGUGAAGUGCGCGAUGCCAAUGAGUCCUUUCUUGGAGUUAAAAAUUCCCUAUUGUGACUCUCCCACCUCAUCAUCUGAUUCGGAAGCACUCGAAAAUGAAAAACCCGUUAUUAAAAGAUUGGAUUUCACGAAUGUCAUAAACAGAUGGACAGAACCACUGACGUACAAACGAGACAAUUACGCCCAUUUUAUCUCGGAAGAUUGCGAGCCUAUCGAUUCCAUAUCAAAACUAUUAAUAGCCACGGAAAAGAUAGACAUGCAGGACAUUCGAGAUAGUAGGCCUACGAAGGGACAGGUACAUCUUACCCUUUCCGGUAAGUACAGGGUGUACUCGAUUGUGAUAAAGAAACGAUAUUCCGAUGAAUUAGACUGGAGAGACGUUAUUCAGGGAUUGAAAAAUUUGAAACAUGCUCUCGCGUUAGAUAACCAGAAUCACUGCCGAAUGGCAAACUCCGGAGAUCUGUUAGGCUCCCUUCCACAAAACAAAAUGGCGGAACUCGUAGCAGGAAUAUUCCGCGGUGGCGACACUAAAAUCACCUUGUGCCACGGGAAAAUUCAAGUUCCACCCGUCGAACUAAGACCGAAAAUAAUAUCUGAAUUUCAUAGUACCCUUAUCGGCGGUCAUAAGGGCGUGACUAAGACCUACCGCAGAAUACGCGAGCGAUUCUUUUGGCCAAGGAUGCGAGACGAGGUAACUGAGUUCAUUCGACAAUGCAAAAGUUGCUUCGAGAAUAAACUGUCCAGAGCCCGAACUCGCGAACCUAUGGUCAUAACGGACACGCCAGCUAUGCCUUUCGAUAAGGUAUCCCUAGAUACCGUAGGAAAACUCCGAACUACCCCCAAUGGGAACCGACACAUUCUUACGAUGCAAGACAAUUUCAGUAAAUACUGCAUCGCCGUUCCCAUACCCGAUAUUAAAACUACCACCAUUGCUCAUGCGAUAGCCACAAAUCUCUUUGCUACGUACGGGGCACCCCGAUGUGUACUCACAGAUAGAGGUGGAAGCUUUGUGAGCUCCCUAAUGAGAAAAUUAGAGGGUAUAUUCGGAGUCAAACAGCUCACUACCUCCGGCUAUAGACCCCAAACCAAUGGAGCUUUGGAGAGAAGUCACAUCGAGUUGACAGAUUAUAUUAAGCAUUACGCAAGGGACUUCGACGAUUGGGAUCGUCUGCUUCCAUUUGCGAUGUUUAACUAUAAUACGUCAGUUCACGAGGCGACCGAUCUCACCCCGUAUGAGUUGGUUUUUGGUCGAAUGGCAAGAGUUCCAAGUUCCUUCCCCCAGGGACCAGAACUUGAAACUUAUGGAUCGUACUUGAGAGAUCUUGUCACUCGAAUGACCGAGCUUCAAAAUAUGGCGGCCGAGAAUUUAAAAAGGGCAAAGUGUCGCUCUAAAGAAUUUUAUGACCGCAAAGCUCGGCCAUCGAAUGUCAAGAUUGGUGACCAAGUAUACACCCGUAAGGAAGUGAGGACGAAUAAGUUUGACAAUAGGGCAAGUGGCCCUUAUACCGUGGUAGACAUCACUCAGAAUAAUAACGUUAUUCUGGAAAAUGAAUAUGGUGAAAGGUUCGCCAAACAUAAGGAUAAGAUAUUGGUCACCUACUUGUAA